AUGGCCCCUUUUGCCAUCUCUGACACCGAUUACAGCGCCCAGAACUCGGCGCCCAGCUUCUCUGGGUACGACCAUAUCACUUGGUGGGUGGGCAAUGCGAAGCAGGCAGCGGCCUACUACACUAGCCACUUCGGCUUCAAGACGAUCGCCUACCGUGGCCUUGAGACAGGCAGCCGGUACUUUGCCUCAUAUGUUGUUCAGAACGGCGACAUUCGCUUCGUCUUUACCUCGCCGCUGCGCUCUUACGUCCACCUACCCGAGGAUGCUGUCAUCUCUCCUGAGGAGCGUGCCCUCCUGAAGGAGAUGCAUGACCACCAGGAGAAGCACGGCGAUGCCGUCAAGGAUGUUGCUUUCGAGGUUGACAAUGUUGAUGGCGUUUAUGCUCGUGCCGUGGCCGCGGGUGCUGAGGCCGUCCAGCCGCCCACCAGCUUCGGCGACAAGGAAACGGGCUUCGUCCGCACUGCCAUCAUCCGCACCUACGGCGACACCACCCACACUCUGAUCUCGCGUACCGGCUUCCGUGGCGCCUUCCUUCCGGGCUUCCGGGCCGUCACACCGUCUCCGGCAACCGUUGAGCUCCCCACGGUCCCUCUCGCGCGCAUCGAUCACUGCGUCGGCAACCAGGACUGGAACCAGAUGGUCAGCGCGUGCGACUUCUACGAGCAGUGCCUGUCGUUCCACCGCUUCUGGUCGGUCGACGACAAGCAGAUCUGCACCGAAUACAGCGCACUGCGGUCCAUCGUCAUGGCGUCGCCCAACGAAUUGGUCAAGAUGCCCAUCAACGAGCCGGCGCCCGGCAAGAAGAAGAGCCAGAUCGAGGAGUACGUUAUCUUCAACUCGGGACCUGGCGUGCAGCAUAUCGCUCUGCUCACGCCAGACAUCGUCACCGCGGUCAGCUCGCUGCGUGCCAGGGGUGUUCAGUUCAUUGAUGUGCCCAAGACGUACUAUGAGACGAUGAGGCAGAGGUUGAAGACCGAGCACAGGAACUGGGAAUUGAAGGAAGAUAUGGAUGUGAUUGAGAAGCUGAACAUCCUCAUCGACUAUGAUGAGCAGGGCUAUCUGCUGCAGCUGUUCACCAAGCCGCUCAUGGAUCGACCGACGGUGUUCAUUGAGAUCAUUCAGCGCAACAAUUUUGAUGGGUUUGGCGCUGGUAACUUUAAGAGCUUGUUUGAGGCGAUUGAGAGGGAGCAGGCGGCGCGCGGCAACUUGUAG